UCUAGAGCUCUUCCCUCCUCUUCUCGUUCUUCAAUAAAACUCUCUCUUUUGCUCUCCUCUGCCGCUUGCUUCCCCUUCCCAAACCAACGAAGUCGGAAAAAAAACCCUAAUUUCCCCCGUCACUCGCCCUCUCCAACUCUCGAUCUCAGCCUCUAAAUUCACUCGGAUCUACCGAUCGACGUCCAAUUUGGGUCGAAAUUCUCGACUCCAAUAGCGUAAAUCCUCUGCUUCCCAAUCUCGACAGCUCAAAACCGCCGCAUUUUGAAAUGAGCCUUCAGAUUGGGGAAAUCCCCAGUGCUGGAGCUUAUUGGAGGUAGCCGCUCUGAAUUUGAAUUUUGCCUGGAUUGGAGAUCAAAAUUAGGAAGGUGAAUUAUAUCAUUUGCAAAUGAUGGAGACCGAGCUUUGCUCUUCACGUGUUUUUUCACCAUCUAGGGAAGAAAGUGGUGAUGAGGAGCUAUCCGUGCUUCCGAGGCACACUAAAGUGAUUGUUACUGGUAACAAUAGAACCAAGUCUGUUCUCGUCGGGCUGCAAGGUGUUGUGAAGAAAGCUGUUGGUCUUGGUGGUUGGCACUGGUUGGUCCUUAAGAAUGGGGUGGAGGUGAAACUGCAAAGGAAUGCUUUGAGUGUGUUAGAACCACCCACUGGAAACGAAGAAGAAGAAGAUGAUGAUGAUGACAUGGAUUGUGAUAACUCUUUCUGUAGUGGUUCAGAUAUUAUAGACAAGGACUUGGAUUACUCUAGCAUAGAGCUUCAGAAACCAACAAGGCCAAGGGUAAGGUAUACAAGGCCGUGGGCAUCUUCAACUAAAUCCAAUGGCAGAAUCAGAGAUGCUCAUACCCAUAAUUACAAGCCUCAUUUGAGGGUAAAUCUGGCGAAACUCGAGACCUCAACUUUGUGGAGAUACUGGAAGCACUUCAACCUUGUGAACUUGAACCCCAACCCAUCCAAGGAGGAGCUCGUCCAUAUGGUGCAGCACCAUUUUGUAUCUCAGCAACUGGAUGAGGUGCAGGUAAUCGUGGGCUUCAUUCACACGGCGAAGAGAUUGAGGAAAAAGCUCUAGUCCUAGGAGAUGACCUGUAAAUGUAUGCAGAAGCCAAACAGGAAGUCUAGAAAAUAGAUGAUCUGGAUUGUGCUGGACUUAGUUUAACCGGUUUAGGUUAGAGCUUAAAAGACCGCCAAGGAACACGCUAUAUCUUUCUUGGUUCAAUGACGCUGACCUUAACUAAAAACUUGAACAUAUGUUUGUUAUUGUAUGUGUAUAUAUUUUGAUUGUGGCGUGGGCUUUGACAACAGCGAUGGGGCUGCAGUAACUGCUUCAAGAUUUGACAAGUCCUUUCAGUGAUCU